AUGUCUACCUUUGAUACUUCUCCUCUUUUCAUUCUUUUUUUCUUUCUCCUUUCUUUUUUCUUUCACCUUUCUUUUUUCUUUCUCCUUCCUUUUUCCUUUCUCCUUUCUUUUUCCUUUCUCCUUCCUUUUUCGCUCUGUCUCUUCCACUAUUCUCCCUCCAUUUUUUUUAUUUUUUUUAUUUCUCCUAUUCUGAGUUUAACCCGUACUCCUCUUCUUUUCUUCUUUUUCUUCCUUGUUCUUUUUUUUCUUUCUCCUACCUUUCUCAUCCAUUUUUCGAGCUUCUUUUUUUCUUCCUAUUUUUCUUUCUCCUGUUUCGACUUUAGCUCUUUUUCUUCCACUUUUAGCCCUUCGUUUUUUCUCUUUUUUUUCCCUCUAAUUUCGACUUUAGACGUUUCUCCUACACUUUUCGCCCUUCUUUUUUUCUUCUUUUUUAUUUCACCUCCCUUUCUCCUCCACUUUUCGUCUUUCUUCUUUUCUUCCUUUUCUAAUUUCUCCUGUUUCGAUUUUAGCUAUUUCUCCUCCAUUAUUCACCUUUUAUUUUUUCUUCCUUUUUUUUCUUUCUCAUGUUUCGACAUUUGUCCUUUCUCUUUCACUAUUUGCCCUUCCUUUUUUCUUCUACUUUUUCGUUCUCUAAUUUCGACUUUACCCCUUUCUCCUUUAUUUUUCGCUUUUCUUUUUUCUUUGUUCUUUUUUUCUUUCUUCUGUUACGACAUUAACCCCCUUUCUUCUCUACUUUUCGCCUUUCUUUUUUUCUUCCUUUUUUUCUUCGGUUUCGACUUUUGCCUUUCCCCUCCAUUUUUCGCCCUUCCUUUUUCUUUAUUUUUCUUUUCUCCUAUUUCGACUUUUGCCUUUCUUUUCCACUUUUCGCCCUUCUUUUUUUCCUUCCUUUUUUUCUUUUCUCCUGUUUCUGACCUUUUUCUAGCCCUUUUUCUUCCACUUUUAGCCCUUCGUUUUUUCUCUAUUUUUCCUCUAAUUUUGACUUUAGCCAUUUCUCCUACACUUUUCGCCCUUCUUUUUUUCUUUCUCCGCCCUCUCUCCUCCAUUUUUGCCUUACUUUUUUCUUCUUUUUCUUCCUUGUUCUUUUUUUUUUCUUUCUCCUGUUUAGAUUUUAGGCCUUCUCCUCCAUUUUUCGCCUUUCUUUUUUACUUCCUUUUUUUUUUUUCUCCUCUUUCGACUUUAGCCCUUCCCCAUCCACUUUCCGCCAUUCUUUUUUCUUUCUUUUUCUCAUCCAUUUUUCUACCCUCCUUUCUUUCUUCCUGUUUUUUCUUUCUCCUAUUUUUGCUUCCAUUUAUUCUCUUUCACUUUUCUUCAUUCCUUCUUUUGUCUUUCUUUUAUUUCAAGAUUUUAUCCAAUUUUUCUUCCAUCUAUUUUUUUUCUUUUUCCUGUUGCAACUUGAACCUCUUCUUCUUUUUCUUUUGUCUUCUUCUUCUUUUGUCUUCUUACUCUUUUUCUUUUUUCAAUUUCACCGCCAAUUUUCUCUCUUCUCCUUUUUUUUUUUCACAUUUCGGCUUUGAACAUGAUGAUGAUGAUGAUGAUUUCUUCUUCUUCUUCUUCUUCUUCUUCUUCUUCAGCCGUUUUUAUUUUUCCUUCUAUACACAUUUCUUCUUCUUCUCCUCCUGCUUCACAUUAAUUAAUCAAGUUUUUUAUUUUUCUCUCUCUAAUCUUCUUCUUCAGUUAAGUCUAUAUCUUUCUCUCUCUAAUCUUCUUUUUUUCCUUUUCUUCUUCUUCUUAUGUUGCUGUUGUUGUUAUGGAAAAAAAAAACGCGGACCACUUCAUUGGUGGCUAAAGAGUCUCCUCCUCAUCAUGGAGCAGGAGUUAGCAAGCCAGAGUCGAAGGACGAUUGCUAUUCUUUCUUUCUUUCUUUUUUUUUCUUUCUUUCUUUCUUUUUUUUCUUUCUUUCUUUCUUUUUAUAUGCCAUCCAUUUCAUAUCUAUCUAUCUAUCUAUCUAUCUAUCUAUCUAUAUUUAUAAAUAAUUUCUUAUCUAUCUAUCUAUCUAUCUAUCUAUCUAUCUAUAUUUAUAAGUCAUUUCUUAUCUAUCUCUCUAUAUUUAUAAGUCAUUUCUUAUCUAUCAAUCUAUCUAUAUUUAUAAGUCAUUUCUUAUCUAUCUAUCUAUCGAUCUAUCUAUCUAUCUAUAUUUAUAAGUCAUUUCUUAUCUAUCUAUCUAUCUAUCUAUCUAUAUUUAUAAUCAUUUCCUAUCUAUCUAUCUAUCUAUCUAUAUUUAUAAGCCAUUUCAUAUAUAUCUAUCUAUCUAUAUUUAUAAAUAAUUUCUUAUCUAUCUAUCUAUCUCUCUAUAUUUAUAAGUCAUUUCUUAUCUAUCAAUCUAUCUAUAUUUAUAAGUCAUUUCUUAUCUAUCUAUCUAUCUAUCGAUCUAUCUAUCUAUCUAUAUUUAUAAUCAUUUCUUAUCUAUCUAUCUAUCUAUCUAUAUUUAUAAGUCAUUUCCUAUCUAUCUAUCUAUCUAUCUAUCUAUCUAUCUAUCUAUCUAUCUAUCUAGUCAUUUCUUAUCUAUCUAUCUAUAUUUAUAAGUCAUUUCUUAUCCAUCUAUCUAUCUAUCUAUCUAUCUAUAUUUAUAAGUCAUUUCUUAUCUAUCUAUCUAUCUAUCUAUCUGUCCCACUCUGUUCAUAUCUAUCUAUCUAUCUAUCUAUCUAUCUAUCUAUCUAUCUAUCCCAGUCUGUUCAUAUCUAUCUAUCUAUCUAUCUAUCUAUCUAUCUAUCUAUCUAUCUAUCUAUCUCAGUUUAUUCGUAUCUAUCUGUCUGUCUAAGUCUAUUCCUAUCUAUCUAUCUAUUUUACUAUAUUCCUUCUAUUUCUAUCUAUCUAUAUAUCAUCUAUCUAUCUAUCUAUCUAUCUAUCUAUGUUCAUAUCUUUCUAUCUAUCUAUGUUAAUAAUCUCGUAUAUUCUCAGCCUUCUGUUCAUAUCAUCCAUCUAUCUAUCCAUCCAUCUAUCCAUCUUAGUCUGUUCAUAUCCAUCUAUCUAUCUAUCUAUCUAUCUAUCUAUCUAUCUAUCUAUCUUAGUCUGUUCAUAUCUAUCUAUCUAUCUAUCUAUCUAUCUAUCUAUCUUAGUCUGUUCACAUCUAUCUAUCUAUCUAUCUAUCUAUCAUAUCUAUCUCCAUCUAUCUAUCUAUCUAUCUUAGUCUUCUGUUCAUCUGUCUAUCUCCAUCUAUCUAUCUAUCUAUCUAUCUUAGUCUGUUCAUCUAUCUAUCCAUCUAUCUCUAUCCAUCUAUCUAUCUAUCUUAGUCUGUUCAUAUUCAUCUAUCUAUCUAUCUAUCCAUCUAUCUAUCUAUCUAUCUAUCUUAGUCUGUUCAUAACUAUCUAUCUUUAUCUGUUCAUAUCUAUUCUAUCUAUCUAUCUAUCUAUCUAUCUAUCUAUCUUAUCUCUAUCAUCUAUCUAUCUUCUAUCUAUCUUAGUCUGUUCAUCUAUCUAUCUAUCUAUCUAUCUUAGUCUGUUCAUAACUAUCUAUCUUAGUCUGUUCAUAUCUAUCUAUCUAUCUAUCUAUCUAUCUAUCUAUCUAUCUUAUCUGUUCAUAGCUAUCUAUCUAUCUAUCUAUCUAUCUAUCUAUCUAUCUAUCUAUCUAUCUUACUCGUCUUCCAACCCGACUUACUGCAACAGGGAUGUACACUUUCUUCCUCUCUUUGGUUUUCUUCUUUCUUUCCUUCUUCUUUUUUACACAUUUCAGCUCAUAACAGAGGUAUACACUUUCUUCUCUGUUUUCCCUUUUCUUUCUUCACACAAUUCAACUUGUAACAGAGGUAUACUUUCUUCCUCUCUCUGGAUAUCCGUUUCUUUUCUUUACACAAUUCAACUUGGGAUUAUCGAACAGGAAUACAUCUUGUCCGGAGUUGCCUGGAUUGAACUGGAUAAGUUUCAUUACUAUCAAAUGCGUCUUAUCUUUCAGCGCUUCGGCCACAGGUUUUGCCUCUUCAAAAUCAAGAUAGCAACUGAUCCUCGAGUGAAUCUCUGA